UAAAACCAACUCCAAUUAACGAUGAUAAUAAACUUAGUAAACUUUUUUCGGGGCCAUACAUUGGCGUAGUCAAAUCGAAAGUAUCUUAGUAACUUCAUAAUAUAUACAAGCAAUGUCAAAAGAAAAUGAAUUAUUGCUGCCGCGUACAGCCGUUUUUAAGUUGAUUAAAGAUCUACUUCCCUCUGACGUUCGUUGCGCCAAUGACGCUAAGGAGCUUAUAGUGAGUUGUUGCACGGAAUUUAUUCAUCUUCUUACUUCUGAAUCCAACGAUUUAUGCACUAAGGAAAAUAAGCGUACUAUAUGCCCUGAUCACAUCCUUAAAGCCUUAAAGACUUUGGGAUUCAAUGAAUAUGUACAAGCAGUUGAGGAAGUUUUUUUAAAACAUAAGCAGGAAACUAUAGAUCUGAGGAAAGCUAAAGCUAAAGAACCCAAACAUUUAAUGACUCAAGAGGAACUUGCCCGGAAACAGCAAGAGCUUUUUGCUGCUGACAGUUAUCGCUACCAAAACGAAGCCUAUCAAUAUUUAAAUGAACAUCCUUCGAGCUUGGAGGACACUAAUGUUUUGCUGAGCAGUGCAAGAUUGAAACAGGAAGAUGAAGAUGACUAUGACGCUGAGGAGUAGCGCUAUAAUUUGCUUAUAAUUUUAUAAAAUUCUCUAUUUCUCAUUUUGA